ACUACUAAAAUCAAAAUGGCUGCCGGCUGGUCUUUAUCGAUUUUUGUUACCGCUAUUGACGCUAUGUAAUUUUUCACUGAAAACGUGAGAAUUCAGUGAUUUUUCUUGUGGAAAUGCUAAUAUAGUGUGGUUAAGAUGGAGUUUAACGAGAUUGUGGUGAAGGAGAGCCCCGGGCUAUGCCGGUGCUGUCUCUCCGAAGGAUGCUACAAAGACUUGGGCACUGAAUACACUUGGAUGAACGAAACUGAGGUCUACGCUGAUAUGCUUCUUGAAUGCUUCGAUAUCAGUAUCACGCAACACAAUGAAGGCCCCAAUGGUCCGAAUCGCCUCAUCUGCGAAGUCUGCAUCACUCGGCUGCGGGAUGCAUGUAACUUCAAGAAACAGGUCAUGGAUUCGGAGAAGAAGUUCAUUGAUAUGAUGGGCAGAGGGGAGUUUAGGCCUAAAAUGUUGAUCUACCAAACUCAGAUGAAGUGUGAGGAUGCUGCUGUAGAACAGAUUGAGAAUGCUAAUGUGGAGUAUCUGGAGGAUGAGAUCGAGUUUGGCGACGAUGACCUUCUAAAAGACUCUGACUCAGUGGAGGCUUCAGUGUCGGAUAUCACAGUAUCCGCCCUCCCCAUCAAAGGCAAGCGAGGCCGGCCUCGUAAGGCCACACCAGUCAAACCGGAGAAACGGGCCAAAGUUGCCAAGAUUGAGGACAAACCGAAGACUUCAAAAGCCGUUGCUAAAGGUACAAAAUUCAAUACUGUGGAGGACAAAUAUAAGAAAAUGGAAGCCGCCCGUAAACUGUUAAUAAAAAGACGUAACGUAGAAUACGUUUUACAGUACAGUAACGUUACCCCCUUCAUGUGGCAUAAGGGCAAAUACAAGUGCUUCUACUGCAACGAAACUACGAAAGAUCCAGAAAUUCUCAGACAACACACAGCAGAAGUACACCAAUUCGCGAAUUUAGAACUCGUUGUCUUUGAUCGAACAAAAAAUAAUAGGAAUAAGGAUGCUGCGGUCAAAAUUGAUGUGACUGGGAUCUCUUGUAAGCUUUGCCCUCAAGCUGUAACUAGCUUGGAAGAGUUAAUCCACCAUUUGAUCAUUGCUCAUGACGCUGAGUACGAUGUUAGCGUGCCAAACUGCCUUUUGCCUUUCAAAUUAGACAAAGAUCAACCUACAUGUCCUACCUGUGAUAUGAAGUUUGUCUUCUUCGAGUAUUUACUUCGGCAUGCAAACAAAAAUCAUUUAUCUCAUCACUAUAUUUGUGACGUGUGCGGCACAAGUUUCCAAGGGGAGAAUCACCUAAAAAUGCACUAUAGAUACUAUCAUCGAGAAGGGGGGUAUACGUGUGAAUACUGCGGUAUCAGUUUAGCAACGCUUUCAAAGAAGAUUUUGCAUGAGAAGAACGUGCAUCUAGUCAAUUUGUCCACCUGUCCGCAUUGCCCAGAGACGUUUAAAAGCCCGUAUCUAAAGAAACUGCAUUUGGCUAAUGUCCAUGGGGUGGAAGAGUUAAAAAUUAAGUGUCCGUAUUGCCCCAAAGUUUACCCGCAAGAGUCUAUUAUGUCCCGUCAUAUGCGAAGAGUGCAUUUAAGAGAGAAGAAUGUGGAAUGCGAAGUAUGUGGCGAUAAGUUCUUCGGUCCAUACGAUGUUAAACUUCACAUGGUAAAGCACAAUGGCGAAAAGAGAUUCGUCUGUUCGGUUUGUGGAAAGAAAUUUUCCAAACGCAGCAAUUUGAACUCUCAUGCAGUUCUUCACACAAGGGAAAAGGAUCAUAUUUGCAUGGUCUGCAAUAAGGCGUUCGCUCAUCAGACGAAUUUGCGGAUGCAUAUCAGGAAUAGGCAUAGCCAGUAUGAGCAAUCUGAAGUCAUUGAUGACUCGGAUAUGGUCCAAAUGGAAGUGAUACAAGAAGAGUUUGAGGGGGACGUGCCCGAACAAUAUAUUCAAUGAUAUUACUAUAUUGUGGAGUGAAUCCACAAUUAAAACUAAUUGUAGACUCUGUUUUGAAGGAGUUUGGGCGCGUUUUGCAAUGAUAGGAAUGUGAGAGUGAAUUGUGAUGUGAUUCAAACUAAAUUGGACUGUAAAUAAUAGAAUUAUGGUGCGUUUUUCAUUGCAUAUUACAUUGAUGGAAUGGACAGCUGGACUUUGUCUAAACUUUAAGUGCUAUGCGACUUUGAGUCUUAUACCAAGUGAUAUAAAGACGAAGAAAGACUGCGCUGGAAUGUAGCCUUUGAUAUAAAUGAAAGAAUAUGGGUAGGCAGUUUUUAUAUAAAAGUUUGAUGGUAAAUUGACUGAUUUUGUACAUAAAUGAAAAGUAAAUAGGACUGUUAUUGCCUAUAUAGGGUGACAUAUUAAUUAGUAAACAAUAUUUAAAAACGUGAUUGUACUCAUGAUUGAAACUAUAAAUAUUAAACAUUUUUUGUGUACUCAUUAAGUAUACAAAAGUUUUUUCUUUGGGAACGUUGUUUGUAAUCAUGAGUAUAAUCACGUGUUUAAAUUUCGUUCACUAAUUACCGGUCACCCUGUAUAAUAUGAAUGUAGAAUAUUAUUAUGUCUGUGUAUAACAUACUUAUAAACGUAUGAUAUUAUUCGUAAAACAGAGCUCUUAUGCGUCACCGACGUGUUCACGGCACCAGUAAGAGUCUGACACUCCCUCUCGCCCAAGACGGGAGAAGUCAUUCGAUCAUUUUCCACCUAAAAAAAUGCUACCACUGAAACUCAAUCAUACUUUGCCCGACACGGAAAUAUAAUAAAACCCCGUGCCCAAUAGUCGUACAAUUGUAACAGCUACGAUUGGGGUUGUAUAGUUUCAUUGGUUUCAAUAAUCGACCAACAAGGCCUGGACGCUUACUCUUGAAUACAAUUCCGAUCGAUCGACAUUGAUAUUGUGAAAUUUCUUACUCUUGAGUUGCAACACUAACGCCAAUUGCAUCCGUAUUGCGUGGAUAUUGAAUGAACUAAAUGGUAUUGAGUUUGGCUUUAUAUUCCGUACUCUGAAUGCUGUUUUAACAGCUACUAUUUUGGUUGUAUAGUUUUGACAUUGAAUAAUUAUUGAGAUUUUAUUGGAUUGAAAUUGAGAUUGGUUUCAAGAAUAAGCUCCCUGAUCAUAAAUAGUCAAAAUUGUAACAUAUAGUUAUGAGCACUUUUAUAACCUAUCUACCUAUCUACUGGUACAUUACGUACCUAAAAUAUUUAAUAUGUAUCUUAAUGCAGACUGUAUGCUAUAUAAAAAUAUUGAUUAAUUCCUUAAAAUUGUAUGUAAUAAAUAUUUGUAAAUAAAGUAAUUAUGUACUCAUA